AUGCCAGGGCGCGCGCUCUCUGCAAAUGGAGUUGCGUCGCGCGCGCCGCUUUGCAGCUCCGAGUGCAGCCCGGAGCGAGCCCGCCGAGCCGCGGGAUCCCUCGGGGGCGGAAUGAGGGUGGGGGCCGCUGGGGCCCCGCGGCCCCCUCCUGGCCCUCGGCGCGGCCGCGUGCGCCGUGCCAUUGGCCGAGGCGGCCCGGUGGGCGGGAGGAUGACAUCAGCGGCAGUCUCCCAGCUGCUGGCCUGCGCCCUGCUGCUCACGCUGCUCUCGCUCCGGCCCUCCGAAGCCAAGCCCGGGGCGCCGCCGAAGGUCCCGCGAACCCCGCCGGGCGAGGAGCUGGCCGAGCCCCAGGCUGGGGGCGGCGGUCAGAAGAAGGGCGACAAGACUCCCGGGAGCGGCGGCGCCAACCUCAAGGGCGACCGAUCGCGACUGCUCCGGGACCUGCGCGUGGACACCAAGUCGCGGGCGGCGUGGGCCCGCCUUCUGCACGAGCACCCCAACGCGCGCAAAUACAAAGGAGCCAACAAGAAGGGCUUGUCCAAGGGCUGCUUCGGCCUCAAGCUGGACCGGAUCGGCUCCAUGAGCGGCCUGGGAUGUUAGUGCAGCGACCCCUGGCGGCGGAUGGGGAACCGGCUCUGCUGUGCUGAGGUCAUCGCUGGUCAUCGGCAACAUCUGGAAGCACCUCCAACGCAAUGUGGCUUUUACAUUUCUUUUUUUUUCCUGGUACUGGGAAUACACAACACCAGCUAUUUUAUUAUUAUUUGGGGAGGGGGGUGUGAUUUUAUUGUUUGGGUUUUUUUUGAAAAUGAAAAAUAAAAAGUUAUAUAUUAUAUAUAUAUUAUAUACAUGAAACACACACACCUACACCGACUUGAUGACAAGGGACAGUUUUUAAGAGACUGACAAAACCAGCUGUAAAACAUUGCUGUUUGUAAAUUCAUGUCAUGCAUAAAUGUAUUUAUGUUGUAAAGCUAUUUAUAUUGUUUAUAAAGAGAUAUUUAUAAAAAUUUUAUUUAUGUAACUAAAUGGAAGAAGUCAAUCAUUGUAAUGUUUUUGUCCUAACUAGUUGAAAAAUGUAAAAAAAAAAAAAAAAAAAGUCAUUCCA